CAACCCAGUAUUCAGUAUUCGAGGGAAUGUGUUGUGGGAAAAUGAAUUAGGUGAAAGGACGCCAUUUUGGACAACAAACCAACUACCCUCAUUUCCCUUCUCUGAUUCCGAUGGCGCCGGCGAAGAUCGCACCUUCUAUGCUCUCCUCCGACUUCGCCAACUUGGCUUCCGAAGCCCAACGUAUGCUCAGUUUUGGCGCCGACUGGCUCCACAUGGACAUCAUGGAUGGGCACUUUGUUCCGAACCUUACUAUUGGUGCCCCAGUCAUUGAGAGUCUGAGAAAGCACACAAAUGCGUAUCUGGAUUGCCACCUGAUGGUCACAAAUCCUCUUGAUUAUGUGGAGCCUCUAGGAAAAGCUGGUGCUUCAGGUUUCACAUUUCAUGUUGAGGUAUCCAAAGAGAAUUGGCAAGAGCUUGUUGAAAGAAUUAGGUCAAAAGGUAUGAGGCCAGGUGUGGCCUUGAAGCCUGGAACACCCAUUGAAGAAGUUUAUCCAUUGGUUGAAGGUAAAAAUCCAGUGGAAAUGGUCCUUGUCAUGACUGUGGAACCUGGAUUUGGUGGACAAAAAUUCAUGCCAGAAAUGAUGGAUAAGGUACGCGAAUUGAGAAAGAGGUACCCUUCACUUGAUAUUGAGGUAGACGGCGGUUUAGGGCCUUCUACCAUUGGCAUGGCUGCUUCAGCAGGAGCCAAUUGCAUCGUUGCAGGGAGCUCAGUAUUUGGAGCCCCCAAGCCAGAGCAAGUUAUAUCUCUUCUGAGAAAAAGCGUGGAGGAAGCCCAGUGAAAUUGUUGAUAAGACAACCAAGAUUUCGAAGAAUUGUAAUUGUUGAUAAGACAAGCAAGAUACUGAUAAUAUUUUUCGCCACAUCCACUUGUUUACACUAUUUAACUCCGUUAAAAUUUUGGAAGUACAAUAAAACCAGAUGAUUUGUUAGUGUCAUCCACUUCAUCAUCUCAUGCCUCUUGACUUUUCCUCAAGUGCUAUGUAUAACCAUAAGUCCCGCAGGAGACAAUGCGAUCACGAUGUUUCAGAACAUAUCAUAUCUUUCCCACCCAAAUAUUGCAUUUCUGCUC